CCGUAUUUUAUAACUCUAGGAUCCAAAACCGUUGGGAACAUAACCCAAUUUGUUUUCCGAAAAAAAAAAAAACCCAAUUUGGUAUUUCCAAUCGAAAUUACUUCAAGCACCGUCCUAAAUAUAUUCUCCGGGUGUUUCAUUACAUUACCGCAUACAUUACACAGAGACGGACGCUGAAGUUGAAUCUCCUUCCGAUACAGCUUAUUCGGAUACAUGGCUGAUUGGUGUUCGUUACCCGUCGAUAUCCUUGGAGAAAUAUUACUGAAUCUAGAUUCUGCCCAAGAUGUAGUCUAUUUUUCCGCGGUUUGUAGUUCAUGGCAUUGUGUGUUUUCUAUGUUUAAGACAAUGUGGUUUAGUGGAAUACCAUUGUUGAUGCUACCCGAGAACACGAAAGAAAACCCUAAUUUCUUUAGGAAACUAUUUUGUCCAAAUAAGCAAAAAUGUUACCAAUUGAAGCUACCUCAAACUUUUGGGGCUCGAUGUUGGGGUUCAUCAUGUGGUUGGGUUAUUACACUUGAUCUUAACCUAGAGUUGUAUCUAUUUAACCCUCUUACCACAGCUCGACUUGGUCUACCCCCUCAACCAACCAUGCCCAACCAAAUCAAAACAGAUAUUCAUAUGAUACGUGAUUGUUUUGUGGACAAAGCAAUUGUUUUUAAAGCAGAUGGAGGAGAUAAUGAUUAUAUCGUCAUAGCAAUACUUGGUGAGUAUUGCAGCCCAGUAGCUUAUGCAAGGACCGGUGACAAAACAUGGUCUUCAAUUCCAGCUUCUGAGACAUAUAAAAGUGUGGUUGAUGUUGUUCAAUUUGGUUCACAAACACUUUUCUUGUAUCAAAGAGGGGCGGUAGGAUGUUGUGACAUGAGUACCAUGACGGUAAUGGAAUAUCUACCUCCACCUCAAGGUAUUUUGGAUAAUGUUGGACUAUCUAGAUUAUACUUGUUCGACUCAUUUGGCGAUCUUAUAAUGGUAGCUCGACAUAAAAUGGAAGUUCUAAAUGAGGAUUUGGAUGCGGUUGAAGGUUGGGAUCUAGAUGUUUGUUAUCGAACAAUAGAUUUUAAGGUAUAUAAGCUCAAUUUUGGCAACAAAAUUUGGGAGGAAGUCAAUGACUUAGGUGAUGUCGCAUUAUUUGUUGGCAACAAUGCUUCUAUGGCAGUUGAUGUAUCAGGUACCAAUAAUUGCAAAAACAAUUGUAUCUAUUUCACUGACGAUGAGUGGCAAUUUUGGGAUGGACCUACUCUUUAUGGGGGGGGGCAUGAUCUUGGAAUUUUUAAUAUUGCCAAUCAGGAUUUCGAGAUCCUUUAUGAAGGUGAUGAUAUACGUUCUAAUUUUUGCACUGCGUUGUGAUUUGUACCUCAGUUUUAGCCUAAGGUUUCUUUCAAGUAUUGUUCUCAUAAACAUAAGUAUGUUUUCUUUGAUCGGAGAUGGUAGUAUUACUAAUUGGAUUUUUUUUUUUGUAUUUACAAAUCGUACAUUCUUCUCAAAUCCAAAUUGCGUUGAUAUUGACUUUGUUUUUUAUUUAGACCUGUGCAAUGGGCCGGGUCGGGUCAUCAAUUAAAUGGGUUAGGUCGGGUCAAAAUAACUCUUUAAUUGGUUGGAUCGGGUCACGGGAAAUGGUGAAAUAUUGUAAAAGUAAAUAUGAUAAGUGUAAGUGAUGAUUU